UCCUGCGGGUCGGACUUCUCAGAUGAUCCGGAACUAGGCCUUGAUCCGAGAAUGGAUGGACUGGUCCAUGUUGGGCAACCAUUUCGGAUCCGGGCGGAACUGCUCUCCUAUCGGGGCGUCCGAUCCGUAUCCGACAACCCGCCCCACUCCACAACUCUAAUUACAGAAGAUAAAUUGAAUUCGGUGCCGCAGCACCAAACUUCGCAGAAUUCGGCGCCGAAACGCCCCUCUACGCCGUUUUCAAGCCCUAAUUCCCCGACUCCUCCCCUCUCAAAUCGAUGCCACCGCUCUCUCCGCCGAGCCCCUGUCAAUGGAUUUGUCGGGGCCACGAUGGAAGGGCCGAGGCUUUGCUGAAAUCGCCAAUUCAAACCCGAUGUCGAGAGUACUUCUCCAGCUUCAAACCGCUCUAUCGCAAUCGGGAACUGCUGCUAUUCUCGCGGGCAGUAAUGCUUUGCUACGCGCCGAACCGGAAAUAGCGGACCUUCUUAGUCGCGCGGCCUUUGGUCGGGAGGUGAUCAACUCUAGCACGGAUAACCAAAUUUUCCAACUGGGUCCGGAGGAAGCCUUUUAUCUCUCGCAUUCUCUAAAAUGUCUUGCGAUUACAAGAGAUUCAGAUGAUACACCCCUGAGCGAAAACGAGCUUUGGGCUUAUUUGAAAAGCAAAAACGAAGCUUUUCCUGAAUUAUACAUGGCUUACAAGCAUCUGCGGUCGAAGAAUUGGGUCGUGAAGCCGGGGAUCCAGUACGGGGUGGACUUUGUGGCGUAUCGGCACCACCCGGCUCUCGUCCAUUCAGAGUUUGCGGCGAUUGUUGUUCGAGAAGGUGACAGAAACGGUAGAUUGAGCAGCAUGACCGAUUUGUAUUGCACGCUUAGGGCUUGCGGAAGUGUGGCAAAGACCUUGCUGAAACUCAGCAUCAGAUGCUGUGGUGUCAACGGGAGUACGAGGGAUUCGCUGGAUUGUUUGGAGGAUUUUGAUGUGGAUGAGCGGACGAUCACAAGGUUUAUACCAGCGCAGUCUCGCGAGGAUCGUGAUUUAGAUGAAGUCGCGAUGGAAUUCGGUGAAAAGGUUUGAUAUUGCAGCGCAGUCUCGCGAGGAUCGUGAUUUAGAUGAAGUAGAUGGAAUUUGGUGAAAAGGUUUGAUAUUGCAGGGACUCAGAGAGUCGAGUGUGCAGGAGCCGCAAGAUCGGGACACAAAAACAACAAAAACAAUUGCUAGUUUGAUAUUUGCGCUUGCGCAAAUUUGUUGAUUUUUGAGUAGAAAUCUUUUGAUUUAUGUAUGUAUCAAUGCAAUUUUAUUAGUUGGUGCCAAUACGAUGAUGUCAAAGUUGAAUUCUGUUCAAGCUGUCAUAGUAAUCUGAUGAUGUCAAAGUAUAAUCUCAUAUAAUUUCAUGAUAAA